UAACAUCUUUCAAUCCCUGACCGAACCUUCAUUACCAAUGGCAGAAUCUCAAUCUCUAGCUUCGGAGGAGGUGCAGAUACUUGGAAAAACUGUCCAAGAGCUGGCCUUGAAUCCUGAAAAUCUGCCAAAAAGUUUUAUACAUGAGCAAGGUGGUGCUGGGUUUCGAGAUGCUCUUCUACCAUCAGAAUCAGAGGGUAUUCCGGUGGUUGACCUUCACCUCCUCACAUCUCCAUCCACAGCACAACAACAAGAGCUUGCAAAACUUCACUAUGCACUCUCUACAUGGGGCUGCUUUCAGGCAAUAAACCAUGGUAUGCCAAGUUCGUUUCUUGACAAGGUGAGAGAAGUUUCAAAGCAGUUCUUUGAACUUCCAAAGGAAGAAAAGCAAAAAUAUGCAAGGGAACCAAACGGUCUUGAAGGGUAUGGAAAUGAUCAAAUACUUGUACAGAAUCAAAGGCUUGAUUGGACUGACAGAGUAUACCUGAAGGUGCAGCCUGAAGACCAGAGGAACUUCAAAGUUUGGCCCCAAAAACCCUAUGAGUUCAGGAGUACUAUAUUUGAGUAUACCAAAAAACUAAAGCUGCUAACUGAAGUAACUUUGAAGACCAUGGCAAAUUCAUUGAACUUGGAAGAGGACUGCUUCCUAAAGGAAUGUGGAGAAAAAUAUAAAAUGUUUCUGAGACUCAACUACUACCCUCCAUGUCCUAUGCCUGAUCAUGUUCUCGGCCUAAAGCCGCAUGCUGAUGGAUCAUCUAUAACUUUUGUAUUGCAAGAUAAAGAGGUAGAAGGCCUCCAAAUGCUGAAAGAUGAUCACUGGUUCAAAGUUCCAAUCAUCCCUGAUGCUAUCGUGAUUAAUGUUGGUGAUCAAAUGGAGAUCAUGAGCAAUGGAAUUUUCCGGAGCCCAGUACACAGAGUAGUGAUAAAUGCAGAAAAGGAAAGACUCACAUUAGCUAUGUUCCACGUCCCGGAUUCAGAAAAAGAGAUAAAACCAGUGGAGAAGCUAGUGAACGAGUCAGGGCCAGAAUUAUACAGACCAGUGAAAGAUUAUUCUGGGAUCUAUUUCCACUAUUACCAGCAAGGGAGAAGACCAAUUGAAGCUUCCAAGAUUGAACUUCACAUGAAGUAGAAUGCUUCUCGGAACUUAGUCCACCAAAGCAUAAUGCAAAUGAAAUAAAAUAUGUUACUAUAUAAUACAUCCAAGCUAUAGCUCAUAGUGUGAUAGUGCAAAUUGAAUUUAUGUUGAUUUGUAUGAUAAUUUAGUCAUGACAUAUAAUUGCACUAUUGCAGGAGUUUGAUCUAGCUUUUUGUAUUAAAUUCGACCUUACCUUUUUUGGCUUCGACAUGUAUUUUUUGAUCUACCUUACCCAACCCGCUUGUUUGACGUUCCUCCUUGUA